AUGGCGAUCCCCGGCCGAGGAAGCAGGUCUGCGGGUUUGAUGUCCUCGGUGGCUCUGCAGCUGCUGCUGAACGUGACGAGCUUCUACUUCGUCUUCUACUUCCUGUUUACUCUCGGACUGAUCGUCAGAAAGAGCUUGACGCUGUCGUAUCCAGCUGAUGCUCUCACCUGUGAUGUUGCUCUGCUCUUCCUCCUGGCUGCUCUGCACCUUCUCCAUUUCUUCUGCGGUGUGAAGGGCAACCUGACAGAGAGUGAGAGCUAUAUCCUGGGGAACCUUGUUGUCACAGCGCCCACUAUCUUGGUGUCGGUCUACUUCCUGGUGUGGCAGACCUACGUGAUGCGGAUGGACGUCAUCAUCAGCAGCAUCUUAGUUGCCGUCUAUAGCUUAGACGGAGUCAUGGCUUUAGUUACCUUAGCCAGAUUUGCAAGGUUGGUCCCACUUCCACUAGUUUUUAUAGCAGCUAGUUCGCGGUCUCCAGCAGCGGUCGGCGGGCUGUUCGUGCGCAGUGUGGGUCGUGUCUGCUGUGAAACCAGAGGUCACCAGGAGACACCGGGAGGUCAUCUGUCCGAGCAGCAGGCAGGUGGGAUGGCAGGCUGA